AUGGCCAAAGCUCUUCACAUAACUAUCAUUCUCUUCCUCAUAGCCUCCAAUCUCCUAGCAUCCAUCAACUCCGCUAGACUUCUUGAUGAGAUCCAACCUCAGUCUCAGUUACUCCCCACAGGCCAAAUCCCCAACGUGGCUCCAACAGAAGCUGAAGAAGAACCUGCACCAGCAACUACACUCCCAGCUAAUCCAACAGGGGCUGAACACGAGCCAUCACUAGAGUUCUUUAUGCACGACGUCCUAGGCGGUUCACACCCAUCAGCUCGUGUAGUCACAGGAAUAGUGGCACAAACCGAAGUAAACGGUAUACCAUUCUCAAAGGCAAGCAACAGCAUCUUCCCUGUAGACAACGGAGUCCCACUGGUCAACUCAAACAACAUCAACAGUGUCAUUAACCCAAACACAGCUCCACUUCUAACCGGCCUUGGCGGCGCUCAAACCAGCACAGUGAUUCAAAACACUAACGGUAACUCCAACGACGCCCUCAGCUCCAACAACCUCCCUUUUGUAACCGCAGGUAACCUCCCUCCAGGUGCUGCACUCCAGCAUCUAAUGUUUGGAACCAUAACAGUUGUAGACGAUGAGCUGACCGAGAGCCACGAGCUCGGGUCAGCGGUUAUAGGGAAGGCUCAAGGGUUUUACCUGGCUAGUUCCUUGGAUGGGACUAGCCAGACUCUUUCUCUGACUGUGUUGCUAGACAGAGAGCAUGAUCACCAUGACACUUUGGAUGAUGCUAUUAGCUUCUUUGGAGUUCAUAGAACUGCUUCUCAUGCCUCUCAGAUUGCUGUUAUUGGUGGGACAGGGAAGUUUGAGCAUGCUAAAGGGUAUGCUAUUGUGGAAACUCUGCAUAACCAGAACAAUCAGCAUAUCACUGAUGGUCAAGACACCAUCCUCCAUUUCAGUGUUUACCUCACCUACAAAGCUUGA